AUGCAACCGGACUUCCCCAACACGCCUCGACCCAAAACUGGCGGCACCCCGCUGAUUACGGAGUUCUUCAAGCCGAUUCAUCAUAGCGAGCCGACCAGGAAAGCCAAAAGGGGACUCGAAGACGAGAUAGACAGCCGACCGGCCAAGAAGCUGAGGAGCGCUAGGCAUUCCGGCAUCCCCUCCGUCGAUAUCGACAGACCCAAGACCAGGAAGCCAGCGUCUGCUCGCCUUCUUGAUGACAGCAAUGCCGGCCUUCGCGACAGUCUCGUAUACCGGUGCAAUUUCUUCGAGGAGAAGACUCUGGAUGACGAGGUAGAACCUCGGAGCAACGAUAUCGAACCCGAAGCCAUAACGGCCGACGCUGAGGACACGACCAGGAGACGCCGGUCUAAAGCACCUUCACCUCGACCCAAGAAGGCGCCCACCCAUACUCGUCUAUUCAAUGAUACAGAUGCCGGUCUCGCUGAUCGCCUGGUUGGUCGCCAUUUCGUCAAAGAUGAGGAGGAUGUCAUCGACAGGAAAGUGGCUAGUCCCAAACUUGAGCUUACCGAAAGCCCCCUUGCUGUCCGCCUUCGCAACCUUCACAAUACACGUAAACCAAAGAAGAGGCCGUCAAGCGCGCGUCUCCUCGACGAUGUCGACGGCGGCCUGAUGGAUGGCUUUGCCGGUCGAUUUGAGACCGCUCGGUAUGAGGAGAGAAUUGAAGAGGACAAAGAAGUCAACGGAGAUGGCAAUCCCGGGCGCGACGCCUCCACAAACCAAACUCCCACGAACAGUACCUUGAUUGGUGCAGCGUUGGUGGGCGAUACCAAAGACAACAUCAAACCCACGAACAAGUACACGACUCCUUCUCGACCUGCUCCCACUACCCCCAAGCACUACGGCCACAAGGGCUCGAGUCCGAACGAAAAACCUUCAGCCAGUGAUAGUCCAUCUACGCUCCUCCUUCCGAGCCCCGUGAUGGACUUGCCCGCACCAUCGUCGCCUCUCUCGUUCAGUUCCUCUCCCGUUGCCUGGCCUUCACCCCCGUCGUCGCAGUAA